CAUUACCGCCAAAACAUGACUGGCCAAUCAUCAUCAUCUUCCGAUCAUCAUCAGCAGCAGAUAUACUCCGACUCCGACGAAGUUAUUCAUGUUCUCACCACCGGAGGAAUCCGCAUUCCUGUCCACCGCAGCAUCCUGGCAUCGGCGUCUCCUGUGCUGGACAACAUAAUAGAUCAUCGGCCGAAUAAGAGCUCUGAUAAUAGCACAAUUCAGAUAUUAGGCGUUCCUACCGAAGCCGUCGCCGUCUUCCUUCGAUUUCUCUAUUCGUCCAGAUGCACAGAAGAAGAGAUGGACAUGUAUGGAUUUCAUCUCUUGACACUGUCUCAUGUGUUCUCCGUUCCGGUUCUGAAGCAACGAUGUGCUAAAGCACUGAUUCGACGGCUCAAGAUCAACGACGCGAUCGAUAUGCUUCAGCUGGCGAGGCUCUGUGAUGCAUCCGAGCUUUACUUCCGCAGCAUGAAACUUGUAUCAGCAAACAUAAAGUUUGUUCAGAAAACAGAGGGAUGGAAGUUUCUCCAGGAGAAUGAUCCUUGCCUGGAGCUUGAGAUUCUCCAGUUCAUAGACGAAAUUGAAUCGAGGAGGAAAAUGAGAAGAAAGCGUAGGGAGGAGAAGAGGCUGUGUUUACAGCUAAGCGAAGCAAUGGAGUGUUUAGAGCACAUCUGCACAGAAGGGUGUACAAACAUAGGCCCUUACGACACAGAGCCGCCGGGGAAGAAGAAGAAGGUUCCAUGUCAGAAGUUCGCAACCUGCCAAGGCUUGCAGCUCCUGUUCCGCCAUUUCUCAACAUGCAAGAGAAGAGUGAGCAGCGUUUGUUACCGAUGCAAGCGAAUGUGGCAGCUGCUUCAACUCCACUCUUCUAUAUGUGAUAAUCCUGAUCUUUGUAAAGUCCCACUUUGCAGGCAAUUCAAGUUGAAAGGUGAGCAGAAAGGGAAAGGUGGGGAUGAAGCAAGAUGGAAGGUGUUGGUGAGAAAAGUUGCAGUAGCGAAAGCCAUGUCUUCUCUCUCGAUCUUUACACAACAGAAGAGAAGAAGAGAUCAUGGAAUGGAGGCCGAGUGCUAAAACCUAGCUUCCAACUAUAGAUAAAGGAAUGAUGAUGAUGAUGAAAAAUGUAAAUUUGUUGUUUCAAAGCUGUCUUAAUUCUGUUUUUAUUAAGAUGGUUUUGAAUCUUUUUGUUAGGGGAUUCAAUAUCCCACUCUUUUGAGAGGAGAUAUUGUAGCAAUAGGUUUGUUACUAGUAUCAGUAUUAUUUGAAUUCUUAUUAAAUUAAUAGAAUCUCUACUUUCAAUAUUUUAAUUGACCAUAUUUUUCUCUUCUUUUAA